CCUAUUAUUCAACAGGCAUAGCUCAGACGCCUUGUCAUCCUCUGAAGGACCCUUCAUAAUUCCAACAUGGCGGCGUCCCUUCGGAUGUCCUGUGCCCUCCGCAUCACAAUCGGAGGUGCAGCACCGCUCCGUACCAUAGGGGGAGCAGUUCAGGCAUCCCAGUUGGUGAGAAGAGCCUCAGCUGCCUCUUUCCAAAGAAACCCUGCACUUCCACUCUACCCUGCAACAACAUGGCAGCAAACCAGGCAUGGCAGCUUCUUCAACAAGUUGACUGCUAACGAGUUGUGGAAAGGUGUGUUGGCAGAAUCGGGUGCUGGAGGCAGGAAGGGCAGAGGAAAGCGAUCCAAACGCAAACAGAAGACGGACUUGAACAGAGGACAGAACAUCGGUGAAGGUCGUGGCGGUUUUCUGUGGCCUGGGCUGAAUAUUCCGGUGAUAAAGAAUGGGAAUCUGCAGUCCCAGGGACGUAGGGGGGAGACUGAGCAGCAGGUGUUGCAGGCUGAAACAGUGCGCCAGAGGGAUGAGUGGGAAAAGAAGAAGAGGACGAGGGUAAAGAGAGAAAGAGGAUGGACGGGAAACUCGUGGGGGGGCGUCAGCCUGGGCCCCCCUGACCCUGGACCAAAUGGAGAAAUCUAUAAGGACUUUGAUUCACGUGUCAUUGAGGUGAAGAGCGUGUUCAACAUGACGGCCAAGGAGGGCAGGAAAAGGUCCAUCAGCUGUCUGGUCGCUGUGGGAAACGGCAACGGAGCCGCAGUUUCAGAGUUUUUGCAAGAGUUGAAUAGUAACUGCAGCCGCAGUGGAUGUGGAGAACUGCAGGAAAUGGUUUUGACAGCUUUCAAGCUCUUCAGAAGCUUUGCGUUGGGUAAAGCAGUAGACAGAAUCACAGCUCUGAGGAAGGCAAAGAACAAAGCUAUCCACUACUUGUACUACAUAGAACGAUACAACGACCACACCAUUUAUCAUGACAUGGAGUCAAAGUUCAAGAGGACAACGCUCCGCAUGAAGAAACAAAACAAAGGUUAUGGUCUGCACUGCCACCGGGCGGUCAUCACUAUAUGCAGGCUGAUAGGCAUACAGGACAUGUACUGCAAAGUAGAAGGCUCUAAAAAUCUCCUCAACAUCACCAGGGCCCUCUUCACUGGGUUAGCCAGCCAGGAAACACACCACAUGCUGGCCAACAAGAAGCAGCUCCAUGUUGUCGAGUUUCAGCCGCAACGAGGCCUGCUGCCCGUGGUGGUGGCGAGUCCUAAAGACGGGACACAACCUGAACCAGAACCUGAGGACGAUAUCCCCAACACGAGGCUGCACUAUGACGACGUACGAGCCGCACAGGGAGGCAAAUCCUCAGUCUGGGCAGGAGUCAAACGCACUAUCUGGUAGCGUGGGAGUGGUGACUGGAUCUGCCCACAAGAAACAUGAUUGGACUGAUAGAGGCCAGGAGUGUCAGAUGCUGUGUCUGACGUUUGGUUUUGAUAAGAAAAGCUGAAAAUGUGUGUGGAAUAAGAACAUUUUUUUCUCAAGCAUUAUAUCAGUUUUUGUUAGUUAUUUCCAAAUUCAGAGGAUUGUUAUGUGUUCUGUCAACCGAGGAUAAGAAUUACAUGUUACUCAAAUAAAAGGGUUUCAUUUCAAAGCAGAAUACUUCAGAUACUCCUAAUAGGCCAAUAUUGACACACAAACAAUAUUGAAAUAUGAACAUCCUAGAUGUCAAUGUUUCCUUUUCUAACUGUAAAAAAAAUCUGCUUCUUCAUUUGUGUGGAAUUGUUGCAAAAUGUCUGCUAAUGAAAUAAAGUACAGAUCUGUAAAAACA